CAGCUGCUGGACCUUGAAUACCAAGCAAGACGGGCUUACAUUGACUCUGAUGUUAUGAAGGAGCACGACAGACCUACCAAGAUUCUUCAAGCAUAUCCCUGCUUCAGAGAAGUGGAUCAUAUAAUGGAUGAACUGCAGCGGAUCCUCAAUCAAGGAAACCCCCACUUCAUAUCUGAACUGAAGAACCGCUGGAGGACCUUUUGUGAGAAGAUCCAGUUUUAUGGAGUUUUCAAAAAAGUCAUGAGACCUCCACUGGCAGAUAAAGUAAAGCAAGCGGUUGCGAUGAUGAAGGCUUUGCCAGACAUCUUCCCAUCACCCACUGUUCCACCCAAGAAGUUGGGGCAUGCAAGUGAGGCCAUGCUUCACAUCCUUGAGUCUGUGGAAGACCCCAACACCUUUCUGAAUGCAAGACCACUCUCCAGCCCUGUGGUGAUCGUCUGUGAGAGCAACUGCAUUCUGGCCAUCGGAACCAUGCCUGUGCUGAUCUUCCCAAAGGAGGACAUCUCUGACAGUGCGAUGUACAUCAUGGCAUGCUACUACACCUUUCACCUCACAUACCCCAAGUGCUUAGCCACACUCCUCUCUGUGCUGCAGACAGAAGUCCUCAUGGAUGCCAUCCAUGACCAAGACAUGACUUCUUCAUAUAAAAAAGCUAUGGCUGAGUGGAGGAAGUUCACUGAGUAG